ACCAAACCUUAGUUCAAAGUAUUGGACUUUCUGCACGUGUUCACAACCUUUCUCCUCUUUGCUCCUCCGCUGAACAUUUCUCCCCGACGGGUUUGCAGAUUCAAAGCUAAAUAACCACAGACCAACACGAAGUUUUCGACAAGAUUUGAUCUGUCUGAAAGGAACCAUACCAACCACAUCUCAGGUGGAAGCAUGGACAAACUGAAGAUAGCCGAAUGGGGAGAGAAGCUGAAGACAGGAGGAGCUCAGAUGAGCAGACUAGUAACUGACAAAGUCAAAGACAUCCUCCAAGCUCCCACCUUGGAAUCCAAAAUGGUCGACGAAGCCACUCUCGAGACUCUCGAGGACCCCAACUGGGGAAUGAACAUGAGGAUAUGCGCUCAGAUCAACAACCGCGAGUUCAACGCCGCCGAGAUCGUCAGAGCCAUCAAGAGGAAGAUCUCUGGUAACAAAAGCCCCGUGAGCCAGAGGCUGAGCCUUGAGCUUCUCGAGGCUUGCGCUAUGAACUGUGACAAGAAGAUAUUAUUCUCUGAAGUUGCUUCCGAGAGGGUUCUUGAUGAGAUGGCUUUGUUGGUCAAGAACGGUGAAGCUGAUUCGGAGAAUAGGAGCAGAGCUUUUCAGCUUAUUCGAGCUUGGGGACGGUCUCAAGAUCUUGCUUAUCUUCCUGUUUUCCAGCAGACGUAUAUGAGUUUGGAAGGAGAGAAUGGUUUAAACACACGUAACGAGGACAAUGCAAUGGAGGGACAAGGCUCUUUGGGGUCUCUUAUGCAACGGCCUGUUCCUGUUCCUCCACCUGGUAGCUAUCCGGUUCGUAAUCAAGAAGUACAGGCUCGUGGAGGAGACGGUGAUGAUGGUCUUCUUGACUAUAACUUUGGAAACUUAUCUAUCAAGGAGAAGAAAGAACAGAUUGAGAUUACAAGGAACAGCCUCGAGUUGCUAUCUAGCAUGUUGAACACUGAAGGGAAGCCAAAUCACACGGAGGACGAGUUAACGGUGAGCUUGAUGGAGAAAUGCAAGCAAUCACAGCCUUUGAUUCAAAUGAUCAUAGAGAGCACAACAGACGAUGAGACUGUUCUUUUUGAGGCUCUGCACGUGAACGAUGAGCUCCAACGCGUUCUAGCUAUUUACGAGAAGCCUGAUGAAAGUGAGAAGGAAGCUUCCAUGGUGGUGGAACAAGAGUCAUCGGGGAGCAAAGAUGCUGGUCCUAAACCAACAGAAGAAGAAGAAGAGCGGUUUGUGAAACCAAAGGACCAUGUCGGACAUUCAGAAUCAUCAGACAAAACAGUCAAAGAAGAUAAGGAGGUGAAGAUAGAACUCGGGUUAUCCAGUGAUGAAGAUGAGAAAUGAGUUAUAGUCUAGGUUUUGUCUCUUCAGAACGGUUUGGGAAGAUUUGUUGUUUUUGAUGCUUUCUUCUGUAAUGUUGUGGAACCUCUUUGCGUUUAUGUCGUGACAUUUUAGAAACCGUAGGUGAUAUGAAUCUUCACCCGACACGAUGGUAUGUAUCCCAUAUUCGUGGUGCAGUAUUUUUACACGAGGUGUUUUUGGUUAGCGUUUUGCUUAUAGUUCUGUAACUGAUGGUAAUGAGUUAUUAAACUGGGAUUUGUUUUGUA